GAUUUCUUUCGAUGGACGUUGCUGAUGACCCUUCGUCAAGAGUGUGUGGACGGGGGUGACGUUUCUCUAUGAACAUCGCAGCACUUCUAGUACUUCUUGUGACAGAGGGGUCUCUUCUUUCAAGAAGGUAACGAACAUGCAUUUUUCAAUAAUGAAGCUCUGGAACUGCAUCUUCGGGCAUCACUCAUGAACAUCGGUAUUCAAGAAGGCAAUGAAUCUCCACUGGAGGUCAAGGAAGAAAUAUUCCAUGGGCGAAAUGACCAACUACAUGUCCAGCGAUACUGAAACCAUCGCCUACCAUCUCACCCAUCUUACAGAGGUCAUAUUCACGCCGAUUCAUUUCAUUGUCGUCUUCUACCAGCUGUUCAACAUCCUUGGUCCAUCUGCAGGAUUUGGCCUCCUCGUCAUUUUGCUCAUAAUGCCCAUCAAUACGUACGUCGCUGUGAGGAUGCAAUCUCUGAUUGAAGAGAACUCUAAACAGAAGGAUGAAAAGAUGAAACUUCUCAACGAGGUCCUUACAGGAAUGAAGGUAUUGAAGCUUUAUGCUUGGGAGAAGUGCUUUGGAGACAAGCUCAAUGCUGCCAGAGAAAAGGAGUUGGAGGGCCUGAAGCAGUUGUUGUCUAUUAGGGCAUUCAGCAUCUUCAGCUGGAACGCUGCACCUUUUGUGAUUUCCAUAGUGAUGUUCUGUGGGUUUUUCUACUUGAAUGGAGAUAGUAUUUUGACCGCUAAAUCAGCCUUCGCCAUAGUGUCUCUGAUGAACAUCCUCCGAUAUGCCAUAAACCAAACACCGGAAGUUGUCUUCGAUCUCAUUAAGGCCGACGUCAGCAUCAAGAGACUCCAGGAGUUUUUCAGGGAAGAUGAAUUUGGUGCCAACCAUGAUCAAUGUGAUAAUACAAAUGGUGUGGCAAUAGAAAUGAGGAAUGCUUCUUUAUCUUGGGACGACAACAACCAGCCAGUACUUAGCAAUAUCAACCUCAGCAUACACGAGAACAGUUUAGCUGCCGUGGUAGGUCACGUCGGUAGUGGUAAAACGUCCAUGGUCGCUGCUGUUCUUGGGGAGGUUGACAAGGUAAAGGGUCACAUUGGAGUGCAGGGUCGUGUGGGCUAUGUUCCACAACAAGCAUGGAUACAGAACGACACCUUGAGGAACAACAUCUUGUUUGGCAAGCCAUUGGACAAGGGACUAUACGAGAGGGUGAUCCACGCUUGUGCGUUAAAGCCUGAUAUUGACGUUCUGGCUGAUGGAGACCUGACAAUGAUUGGAGAGAGGGGAAUCAACUUGAGUGGAGGACAGAAGCAGAGGGUGUCGUUAGCUAGAGCUGUCUACAAUGACGCAGACAUAUACCUCCUGGACGACCCUCUCAGUGCCGUGGACAGCCAAGUGGGAAGACACAUUUUUGACAAAGUCAUCGGCUCCAACGGCAUGUUAAAGGACAAGACACGAAUCUUGGUAACGCACAACAUCAGAUAUCUACCUGACGUUGAAAACAUCAUCGUCCUUGCGGAGGGCACGGUGGCACAGACGGGGUCCUUCAGUGAUCUUCUUAAAAGUGAAGGGGCGUUUACCCAGGUUCUCAAGUCGUACCUCGCAGAGUACGAGGACAAUAGAGAGGAUAUUGGAGAUCUGCAAAAUGACCAUGAUGAUUUAUCAAACGAUUUGAAGAGUACACUGAAGAGGUUGGAAAGUGAGGGGCAGUCGCCCAUGCCUCCAGCUGGAUACGAACGCCAGACAUCGAGGACGUCCAGACAGUCUUCCAGAAACUUGUCUAUCUCAGAGGAGACUCAUAGUGCUACUGGUGCUUUCAUUGAUGUGGAGGAGACGACAGACAUUAGCGGGAAGGAAAAAUGGAACCUGCUUUUGGACUAUAUGAAAGCCUUCGGGCAGCGGUAUAUGUUUCUACUGGCUGUUGCCUUUGCGCUCUACUAUAUCUUGUUUAUGGGGGCCAACAUCUGGCUCGCUAAUUGGACCGAGGACCCUUUGCUGAAGAAGGUCAGCACAGAGGACCAUGGAAAUGUAUCGCGGGAGGACAUAUGGAGGACCAACAUGAAAUACCUUGCAGUUUACAGCUGGCUCGGACUGAUCAUGUCUCUAUGCCUCCUGACAUAUGCUUUACUAAUGGCGUUUGGAGUUGUGAGGGCAUCUCGAGACUUACAUCACAGACUACUGACAAGUAUUCUUACUUCACCAAUGGAAUUCUUUGAAACAACGCCAAUAGGAAGGAUAACCAAUCGCUUCUCUCGAGACAUAGAGAUUAUAGAUGGAGAAUUACCCUUUAGACUGGAGUUUUGGUUCGACUCGGCGAUGAAUAUAACUAUUGCCAUGUUUGCUGUUGUAUACAGCACGCCACACGUCCUUGUGCUGCUGAUUCCUCUGGCGUAUUACUAUUACGACGUACAGAAACGUUACACCAAGACAAGCUGUCAAGUGAGGAUGUUAGAGUCGAAGCUGCGGUCGCCAAUCGAGAGCCACUUCACCGAAUCCGUAGUAGGGGCUGAAAUUGUGAGAGCCUACAAAGCUCAAGGAAGAUUUUCUGAAAAGUUCGAGGACGUGACUGACAACUGGAACAGGAUGGGAUUUUAUAGUUUGCUGUCACGCAGGUGGCUUGGUGUACACAUGCUUGGUGUGGGUAACGUUGCUUGUGCGAUGUCGUCACUGCUCAGUACUGUCUUCAGAGGUGCCAUGUCUGGUGCCCUACUUGGGCUAGGGAUAUCAUUUUCUAUGGAGAUAAAUGGCUGCAUGAUGUGGUUUGUGAUUUUACAGGGACAAGUUGAAACCAGCCUCAUUUCUAUGAAAAAAAUAGACGAAUACACUAACAGCCCAAAUGAGGCUGCCAGAAGGAAGAACACGGGUCGGUUGCUACCAAUUUGGCCUCACACAGGGAGUCUAACAUUCAAGAACUAUAGUUUACGAUACCGAGAAGGUCUUGACUUGGUAUUGCGGGACAUCACUUUCACUGUUCAUGGAGGAGAAAAGGUUGGUGUUGUAGGGAGGACAGGUGCUGGGAAAUCAUCUCUGAUGCUCUCCCUUUUCCGACUAGUUGAGGCAGCAGAGGGGUCAAUUCUAAUUGACGGGAUUGAUAUAUCAGACAUCGGACUCCAUGAUUUGAGGGAGAAACUUGCUAUCAUACCACAAGACCCUGUGUUGUUUAGUGGAUCACUGAGAAUGAACCUCGACCCCAAGGGACUGUACACAGAUUCUAUUAUAUGGACAGCUCUUGACCACACCCAUCUCCGACAUUUUGUUGCUUCCCUCCCUGAGAAGUUGCAGACUGACUGUGGAGAAGGUGGAAGCAGCUUCAGCGUUGGUCAGAGACAGUUACUCUGCCUGGCGAGAACACUUUUGCGAAAGGCAAAAGUGUUGGUUCUUGACGAGGCUACAGCAGCUGUUGACAUGGCAACGGAUGACCUGAUACAGCAGACAAUCAGGUCAGAGUUCAAGGACUGCACGGUGCUGACCAUCGCCCACCGACUCAACACGGUCAUGGACUACGACAGGAUCCUUGUCUUGGAUCAGGGUACUGUGGAGGAGCUGGGCUGCCCAAAACGACUCCUUGAAGAGAAGGGGAGGUUCUAUCAAAUGGCUGUGGAUGCUGGACUUACGGCAGGUGGCCCUUGCUGAUGACAUCAUGCAAUGAAGACAUCUUGGAAACGAAACAUACUCAGCAAAACCAAACAAAAACAAACCGAUUGGUUGACAUUGACAUAUAUUCAAUAUGUAAGUAUUAAAUGGAUCAUGAUAUGAACUACUUUAAUAUUAUAAGUUGUUCACUGUUCUCGAAGACAAGAAAAAUAAUGUUAGAGUUAUUUCUUCGAUCAAGUUGCAUUCGCAAAACAUCGGUAAUUUCCGUACAUCAUACGUGAUUCAAUGUUAUUCGAGAUAAAGAAUUACUACUACUAAGUACCAAAUGAGUUCGGCAUUCCCGGCGGGGUAUAUAAAAAAUGUUACUCGCUUGUAAGCGGGGCACAUUGAAAAUAAUAUAAGAGCGCUCAGCCAAUCAGAAAACGACAUUUAUGUGUGAGGCAAGAUAAUGAAUUAUCAGAUACUUUUGUGAGUCAAUUUGGAGUUCGGCAAGGUUGUAUAUUAUUGUAGUGGACCUUAACUUUUCUUGUUGAGUAUAUAUAGCGUUGUUGUAGUUUUCUCAUCAAUGUCAACCCAUCGGUUUGUUUGGUUUGUUUGUCGUUUAACGCCACACUCAGCAAUAUUCCAGCUAUAUUGCGGCGGUCUGUACAUUUCGAGUCUGGACCAGACAAUCCAGUGAGUAUCGAUCAAUGCAAUUGGGAUACGAUGACAUAUGUCAACCAAGUUUGCGAGCCUGAUUACCCGGCCGGAUAGUGCAUGCCAGAUAAUAUUCCACAAGGACUCGGUGCUUCUGUGACCCACUCUCCUAAUUGUGAUUGUUUAUGAAUGAUGUGUUUUUGUUAAAAAUAGAACUGGACAACUUAGAGGUGAGGUGAAAUUGGCUUUAACGUCGUGCUUGAGAAUAUUUCGCACAUAUGACGACGUGC